AUGAUAAGAGUAUUAAGAUAUUCGAGUGAUAUUCAUCUCGAGAUGAGUCAGGACAUAGAGACACUACCUCAUGUCGCGGCACUCUAUAACUUUACACCGCUUGAAAAUCACCGUGGAAAUCACGAAUAUUACAAUAUUCAAUCCACGCACGGAUCCAACAAACCAAAGACGAUCGAUGAGAUCAACAUUGAGUUGGACAAGCUUUGCGCACAAUUUAAGAACGUCCACUUUCUAAAUAACAAGACGUUCCAACUGGAUGAAUUUAAGAUCAUCGGGUCGACUCUCUGGAGUCACGUGCCAGAGUCGUCGAGACAGGCGGUUGCUCGCGGCCUGAACGACUACCGACUGAUCGGGGUCAGCGAUCCUAUCACCAACGAACGACGUCCAGCAAGCGUAGCCGAUACCAACCAACUUCACAAACGAGCAGUACAAUUCAUAGAGAGAGAACUACAGAACGCCACCAAUUGCAUACUACUGACACACCACGCACCGCUCUACUCGAUGCCCAGAGAAAACAAAUACCUUUGUUCGCCACACUACCUAGACAGUGAUAUCAACAGCGCAUUCCACACCGACCUCAAUUUCCUUGUAAAGCCACCAGUGCUCCUCUGGAUCUAUGGACACACCCAUUACACCUCAAAGUUUAUACACAACGGAGUAGUCAUAGCAUCGAAUCAAGUGGGUUACGACAAAUCGCCAUUCCACUAUCAAGUCAACGAAGAAAUAGUAUUAGGUUAUGCAAAGAUAUAA